AUGAGCCCGCCACUGCCACUUCCCCCGCCACGACGUCGCCCUCCCCUCGCGGACCUCCUCGCCACCAACGUCACCCCCCUCUUCUUCCACCUCCACCUCCACCUCCACCACCUUCUCGUCCUCCUUCUCAUCAUCAUUGUCGUCGGCUACGCGCCCCGGACGGCACGCGCAGACUGCGAGUGCGGCUACCUCGCCGCCGUCCACGGUGGCGACAGCAGCAACCGCCGAGCCCUCUUCACCGACCUCCUCGAAACGGACUUUGCCCGCCUGGCGGCCGGCGCGCGGGAUGAUGAUGACCAUGAUGAUGGUGAUGAUGAUGAUGCCGGGCCCGACGCCUCCCCGAUCGAGGGGUGGGCGCGCCAGGCGUUCAACCUCACCCGGGAGCGGGCCCGGGGCGAGUACGGCGAGCUGUUUGCGGUGGAGAACGUCGGGUUUGUUGCUGCUGCUGCUGCGAAGAAGGGAGACGCGGGGCUGCGGCUGAUGGUCCGGGCCGAGAUCGUCGACGGGAUGGUGCCCGUCGCGGAGCUGGACACGCAGCGGCUGGACCUGAUGUGGGGGACCUUCCGGGCCAUGAUGAAGGUGUCUUCGGUCAAGGGGACCUGCGCCGCCUUCUUUUGGUACUUCAACGACACGCAAGAGAUCGACAUGGAGUUCUUGUCCAAGGACUUCAACGCGUCCAACGGCAGCUACCCGGUCAACCUGGUGCUGCAGUCGCGCGAGGCGGCGGCGGCCGGGCACGACGCGUCCGGGACGGGCGGCGGCCACUUCGUGCGGGCGCUGCUGCCGUUCGACCCGACGGGGGACUUCCACGAGUACCGCAUCGACUACCUCCCCGGCCGGGUCACCUUCUACGCGGACGGGGAGCCGCUCGCCGACAUGGAGGGGGCCGCGGUGCCCUCGUCGCCGGGCCACCUGAUCCUGCAGCACUGGAGCAACGGGAACCGGUACUGGUCCGGCGGGCCGCCGGCCGAGGACGCGUCGCUGCUGGUGAGCUACGUCAAGGCCUACUUCAACUCGUCGACGGCGCAGAGACGGCGCGACUGGGAGGCCCGGUGCAGGGAUCCGACCGCGCCCGGCGCCGUCUGCGAGAUCCCGGAUGUGGCGCCGGGAAACUGGAGCGCCGCCGCCGACUGGUUCUUCGCUGACCACGCCAACAUGACCAACAACCAGACCGCGUCGGGGCAGAGCGAGGAGGCAUCAUCAUCAUCGCCAUCGACAGAGCCGUCGUGGUCCAUCAUCAUCAUCGUCUGUUGGCUUUGGCUGUGGCUGGCGGCCGAAUUCGCUUCUGCGGUGUGA